AGGGUCACUGUGAAAGAAACGAAGAUUCAGGUGCUGAGUGCUGUGUCAGGGUUCGGGGGAGGGGGGGGCAGGAGCCCAGCUGAUGUCAGAUUUUCAAAUGAGCAGGGUCUCCCGCAUCGGAUACAGACUCUCCUGCGAGGACUGCCAUAGACCCAGACCACCCCACUUGAGAGGGGAGCCUGCUUCCACCUCAGGUCCUCUGGGGAGGACUCUGGUUCAGACGAAGGACUUCUACAAAGGACAGGGCAGGCAGUGAGGUAGUAUCGGUGGGGGUGUGCACAGGGGAUACAAACAGCAGCCAGACCCCCCCACUGGCCAGGCAGUUGGUACGCUCCAGAAUCUGAGCUGCUCCUUCUAGCAUCCUUCAUCCUUCAGGUACCAGGCAUCUGGACAGUGCUUGAGCUGCAGAAACUGAGACCACCCCUCCACGGACCUCCAGUCUGAGCAUCUCUGGUGACCUUCUCUGCAUGAGCUGUCAUUGCUACAGAUAUUUUUAGCUGCAAGUCCCUGCAGGGUGGGGCACCUAUCUGAGGCAGGGUUUGGUGCCCCCUCCCCACUGACCCUACACCCCAGGCUGUUGCCGCCGCCGCCGCUGCCUGUCAUUUCAGGAUGAAAGGAGAGACCCCUGUGAACAGCACUAUGAGUAUCGGCCAAGCACGCAAGAUGGUGGAACAACUUAAGAUUGAGGCCAGCCUGUGCCGGAUAAAGGUGUCCAAAGCAGCAGCAGACCUGAUGACUUACUGUGAUGCCCACGCUUGUGAGGAUCCCCUCAUCACUCCUGUGCCCACUUCGGAAAACCCCUUCCGGGAGAAGAAGUUCUUCUGUGCCCUCCUCUGAACUCAUCUCCCCCCCCCCCCGCCCCGAGACCCGCCCUUAGGUCGGAAAUUGUAGCAGCCCCUUUCUACCCACACCUAUCAUGAGAUUAGCUGGAGCACAAGCCCUCCUUACCCAUGCCUACCCCAUCUCCUCACCCUUUGAGGCCACUGCAAGCAUCUUUUACUCCAUCCAGAGGGACCCCGCUAAACUGCCAGAAUCCUGCCUGAUUCCCUCUGUGAUCCGUUCAGGCAAUGGAGAGGGGGAUGCCCGGGUGCUUGUUCUCAGUCUCACCUGGAGCUAUUGGAAAGGUAAAGGCAUUUGAAGAAUAAAGUCAUCCAGAGCCUCAGA